GUUUUUGUAUUGUGUCUGUCAAAGGACAGAGGAUCAACGUUGUGUAGUUUACUGAAAUCGUAAAUGACAUGUAUAUUCCACGCAUCAAAGUUACAUGCGAGUGUAUACAUAAAUGUUUUGCAAAAAAUGUGUAUUAGUCUGGUAUUAGCUGACGGUGAAACGUCUUUCAAUUUCCCUUCAAAUUAAUUCCCGGAAAAAACUUGGUCUAGAAAGUAAUUUAACGACACUUAUAAAUAAGAUCACUUGAGAUUGAUUAUGAUGUACGUUUUUUAUUAUUUAGGAAGUAAAAUGAGUUCCUGUAAAUAACAGGCCUACGCUUUGCUGCUGUUUUUUUAACUCAGGCAUUUCAUUUAGUUGUCCGUAAGGUAAAAAAGGUAAAAAGAAAGUGUAUAACGGCAAGAUGAUGGAAAGUCUUCACUUAAAAAUGAUGCCCUGCUGGGUGGAUUGCUCAUUAACUUGACCACUUUACCAAAGCGACCCAAAAUUGAACCGGAACUUCUUAGCAGACCAAGGGAAGAAAAAAAAGUGUGUGAUCCCCAGAGUAAUAAACAGUCUUUCCAUGGGUCUUACUGCUGCCAUAGCGGUGAGGUUCGCAGGGCGAAUGGAAACUUGAUAUUACAUUCAGCAUUGUGGUGAAUCUACUGUAAAGAUGGCGCCAACUAUCCAGACCCAGGCACAAAGAGAGGACGGGCACAGGAGUACUUCACACAGAACUGUUCCGGAAAGGUCUGGUGUUGUCUGCCGUGUGAAAUACUGCAAUGGUCUCCCGGACAUCCCGUUUGACCCGAAGUUCAUCACGUACCCAUUCGAUCAGCACAGGUUUGUGCAGUACAAAGCUACUUCCCUGGAGAAGCAGCACAAACACGAGCUGCUAACUGAACCAGACCUGGGCGUCACCAUCGACCUCAUCAACCCCGACACUUACCGUAUUGAUCCAAACAUUCUAUUGGACCCAGCUGAUGAGAAAUUAUUGGAAGAGGACAUCCAGGCUCCAUCUAGCUCCAAGCGAUCCCAGCAACAUGCCAAAGUGGUCCCUUGGAUGAGAAAGACUGAGUACAUCUCAACCGAAUUCAACCGAUACGGUGUCUCCAAUGAGAAAGUGGAGGUCAAGAUCGGUGUGUCUGUCAAGCAGCAGUUCACAGAAGAGGAGAUCUAUAAGGACAGAGACAGCCAGAUCGCAGCCAUUGAGAAGACAUUUGAAGAUGCGCAGAAAACAGUCACACAGCACUACAGUAAGCCCAGAGUCACUCCAGUGGAGGUCCUGCCUGUGUUCCCUGACUUUAAGAUGUGGAUCAACCCUUGUGCUCAGGUCAUCUUCGACUCAGACCCUGCUCCUAAAGACAUUUCGGGUCCCGCUGGUGUAGACAUGAUGUCUCAGGCCAUGAUCAGGGGAAUGAUGGAUGAGGAGGGCAACCAGUUUGUGGCCUACUUCCUGCCCAACGAGGAAACCAUGAGGAAGCGCAAGAGGGACUCGGAGGAGGACGUGGACUACAUGCCAGAGGAAGUGUAUGAUUACAAGAUCGCCAGAGAGUACAACUGGAAUGUGAAGAACAAAGCCAGCAAAGGCUAUGAGGAGAACUACUUCUUCAUCUUCAGAGAUGGUGAUGGCGUUUAUUACAAUGAGCUGGAGACCAGAGUGCGGCUGAGCAAGAGGAGAGCCAAGGCCGGAGCGCAGUCCACCACCAACGCGGUGCUGGUGUGCAAGCACCGCGACAUGAACGAGAAGGAGCUGGAGGCCCAGGAAGCUCGUAAAGCUCAGCUGGAGAACCAUGAGCCUGAGGAUGAGGAAGAGGAUAUGGAUCUGGAGAAGGAUGCACAGGACUCCGGCGAUGAGAAGGAGAAAGGCAGCGAGAGUGAGAACUCAGGGAGCGAGUCCGAGAGGGACGAGGAGGAGGAGGGCAGCCGGCGGGGUGAGGAGGAGGAAGAGGAGGAGGAGGACGAGGAGGGCGCCAAGCAGCGGCGGCGGCGCAAGGGCAGCGGCAGCGGCAGUGAGAGUGGCGACGAUCGGCAGACCCGCGAGAUGCGUGAUGAGGAGGAGAUCUUCGGCAGCGACGACGACAGCGAGGAGGAGGAGCCCAAGAAUGGCAACCGCAGCAGUGGGAGCGAGGAGGAUGAGGAGGAAGAGGAGGAGGAAGGGGGCGGGAGGCGGAGCCGCAGCAGCAGCGAGCACUCGGACGCCGAGCACCACAGCGGUAGCGCGAGCGAGCAAGCCUCAGACUCCAGCGAAGCCAGCGACAGCGAGUGACAGGCCACACCCUCGGCCACGCCCACUCCCCCUGUGUAACUGGUACAUCCAAGCUGCAGCCUCUACCUCAUUCAGGGGAGUUGCUCAUUUUUUUAGGAUUCUGUCCAAAGGGGGGAUUUGUAACAGGGGUGUAGAGGCAAAUGCAGCUCAGCUGGUUAUGGUUUUUUGUUAUUUGAUUUACAUGAAGUUUAAUUUAGGUGUUGUAGUUGGAGUUCCCACCAUUGUUUAUAGUUUGUACAUAAUUACAUUUAUUCUGUUAAGUCUCUCUCUCUCCAUCAUUAAAUCACCCUUUCUGCUGCUUCCAGCCCGUUACUUAAGCUUUGAACCAGGUUGUAUUGCCUUUGGGUCAUAUUUAGCUUCCCGUUUUGAUAUGGAUAUUAUUAUAACGUGCAUCGAUGGCAUAGAUGCCACUCUACUACUCUGAGGCACCGGUAAGGUUGUCUAGGAAUUCAACCUGAUAAAUGUUUUUUUUUGGUUUUUUUUUUUUUUUUCCACCAGCUUUCAUUACCUGUCAAAUAACAGAAUGUGGAAGUGUAUAUAUAGCAAUAAAUGAGGUUAUUUUAUUUUCCUUGCUGUGGCAUGAAAGCACAAGUAAAGCUGAAAGUGCUUUUUUUGCCACCAUAACUGGUUCCACAUGGGACAUUCCUCCUGUCUGGAGUUUUAAAAAAGGAAACUUUAUUACCUUUACAUGUGCCUGUGUUUGGAGUGUGUUAGUGCUAGCUGCUUACACAAAGGAACAGCUGCCUGUUCCUAAGUAUCAUUUUACAGAGGCGGACUGCAUUUUUUUUCUCCACACUCAGCACUGCAAGGUGAAAAAGCUUUUAUAAUCCAAUAACGGCAGCCUCUGAAAUUAAUUAAGGUCUGCAGAGGAAGAAGUUUCCUCUCUAGAUUUCCAUAAAUGCCGUAGUAUGUUCUUUUUGGUCGUUUACCCCUAGCUUAGAGCUAAACACCGAUCAUGCAUAUUAUGCACAUCAGAGAUUGGUGCAGUUAUUGAGUUCCAGUUGCACUCAUCUGUCAUUUGUAUAAUGUUACAGUGUAAAUAAACUGGUUUUGCCCUUUAAGCACCGGCUGGGGAAAGGUCCAUUUGCCCAGGCUUACACAUUGGUCAAAGAUGCAUCCAUGCUUUUUAUUGCAGGGGGAAAUUUCCACUUUUUACUACUCAUCAGAAGAACAUUCUUACGCCGGUUUUCUUUAUUUCUUUAUUUUACUUUCCUGGCAGCCGGUACUUUGGGUUGUGAGAAUUCCCUGAAGGUGAUCUUGUGUCAUUAACAUCUUUAGCGGAAGAAAGCCAGUUUCUCUUUCAGCCAUUCCUCUGACAGGUCGUCAGCGUUUCGCGUCUCAAACACCUGGGAAAGAGAGAUCGACACAGCGUUAGGAGCAGAGAGAGUUUUUACGCCUGUCCUACUGUGGGCCACAGUGAUGUAUUGCCUCCUUAAUGGCUAUUUGCUGUUUUGGGGAGGCAAAAUGGUUCCUGUUGCCAUUACUUAUUGAUGGGCUGGGCAUUAUACACCCUGUAAAACCCGGUGCGUCUGUUACCUUGGUGAGCUCAGCGAUCUGCACCAGCCGGUUCUUGCUGCCUGCGUACAUCAUCUGCUGCUCCGGCUUGCAGCCUGUUAGGGAGGGAUACACACUGGGUUCAAAGGUCAAACAGUGCCAAUGUUGGGAUGAUUAAAGUACAAUUAAUUCAAAUUAAAAACUUUCAAAAAUAA